UAGGUGUUGGUGGGAGAGACAGAUAUAAAAGUGGAAAAUUUAUUACAUAAGUACAGUGAGAAAGAAGCCAUGAGCUUGAGUCUGAAAAUGCUGCCUUACAGUAGAGCAUUCUUUUGUUUUGCUUCAUUUUAAGCCCUCAGAAAGUGCUCAUUCCUGUUGUUAACAACUAAAGUUGUCUCCCAGAAGGCAAAUGUUGUGAGGUAUGGUAGAACUAGAUAUUUUCUCCUCAAAAUGGAGGAGAAAGGAAAUUCUAAAGUGGGGAAUAUGUUCUUAAUUUUCAUUUUUCUAUGAACACAGCCACUUAACCCCUCAGUUUUUCCACUUUCCCCUGUGCUCCAGAUUACUUUCUUUGAAGACAAAAACUUUCAAGGCCGCCACUAUGACAGCGAUUGCGACUGUGCGGAUUUCCACAUGUACUUGAGUCGCUGCAACUCCAUUAGAGUGGAAGGAGGCACCUGGGCUGUGUAUGAAAGGCCCAACUUUGCUGGGUACAUGUACGUCCUACCCCGGGGCGAGUACUCUGAGUACCAGCACUGGAUGGGCCUCAAUGACCGCCUCAGCUCCUGCAGGGCUGUCCACCUGUCUAGUGGAGGCCAGUAUAAGAUUCAGAUCUUUGAGAAAGGGGAUUUUAAUGGUCAGAUGUAUGAAACCACUGAAGAUUGCCCUUCCAUCAUGGAGCAGUUUCACAUGCGAGAGGUCCACUCCUGUAAGGUGCUGGAGGGUGCGUGGGUCUUCUACGAGCUGCCCAACUACCGUGGCAGGCAGUACCUCCUGGACAAGAAGGAGUACCGGAAGCCCAUCGACUGGGGCGCAGCUUCCCCAGCUAUCCAGUCUUUCCGCCGCAUUGUGGAGUGAUGACACGGAUGCAGCCAUAAGCUUCUUCCUGGGGCCAAAUGCUGGCUGGCCUUGUCGUCCAAAUAAGCGUCAUAAAUAAAAACAA